AUGAGUUCUGAUCUCUACAAGCUGACGGCUAGCGAAGUUUCCGCAAGAAUCAAGGCAGGGGAUAUUUCAGUUGAGGAAUAUGCAAAGUCACUUCUGGCGCGCAUAGAAGCGCGGGAUGAGGCUGUCCAAGCAUGGGCAUAUCUUGACCCAGAUUUCGUAAUUAAGCAGGCAAAAGCACUUGAUGCUGUCCCACAGUCUGAGCGAGGUUCAUUGCACGGCGUUGCCAUCGCAGUAAAAGAUGUUAUAUACACCAAGGACAUGCCCACACAGUUCAACUCCCCUAUAUAUACCAACGACGCCCCCAAAGUAGAUGCUGGAUCCAUAGCAAUUCUCCGCAAAGCCGGAGCCCUCAUUUUCGGAAAAUCCACAACCACAGAGUUCGCCGCCACAACAUUCGGCCCAAAAACACGCAAUCCACACGACCCAAGCCGCACCCCUGGCGGCUCCUCAUCUGGUUCAGGUGCUGCGGUGGGUGAUUUCCAAGCACCAAUUGGUCUAGGUACGCAAACGGGUGGAAGCACUAUCCGUCCUGGUUCGUACAACGGCAUCUAUGCGUUGAAACCGACCUGGAACUCGAUAACGCGUGAGGGGCAGAAGAUUUAUUCUUUGAUUCUGGAUACACUGGGGCUUUACGCAAGGAGUGUGGCUGAUCUGGAGAUGUUGGCUGAUACUUUCGCUAUCCAUGAUGAUGCAUCCCCACCCACGGACUUUACGCUCAAAGGGGCGAAAUUCGCUUUUCUGAAGACUAUGGUUUGGCCCGAAGUUGGACCUGGUACUACUGCGGCGCUUAAUAAAGCCGUAUCGUUACUGCAUGCGCAUGGUGCUGAGGUCGAGGAAAUUUCUUUCCCGGAAGAUUUGAAUGCGCUUCCUGCGUGGCAUGCAACUGUGCUCAACUCGGACGGUCGGACAGCGUUUCUGCCCGAGUACACGAUAGCCAAAGAUAAGAUUUCUGCGCAGCUCGUAGGCCAUGUCGAGAACAGCGGAAAAAUCUCGCGUAGAGCUCAAGUAGAAGCUUUCGACAAGAUUUCAGCAGCAAGGCCGGUGGUGGAUGAGAUGUUGGGCAAGUACGCUGCAGUGCUCACACCCAGUGUACCCGAUGAAGCUCCGUUGGGUAUUGAGAAGACUGGAAGCGCUUCUUUCUGCUUGAUUUGGACGGCAUUACACACACCGGUAGUUAAUGUUCCAGGCUUCAAGGGUGAGAAUGGUAUGCCGAUUGGUAUUUCUCUUGUUGCGCCCAGGUAUCAUGAUCGACGUUUGCUUGCUGUUAGUAAAAAGGUUGGUGAAGUCUUUGAGGCGGAAGGUGGUUGGAAGGCAUCUAUGUAG